AUGCAAAUACUAAAGAUCCCAUGGCUAGGGCAUAAAGCUGAAAACAAAAAAGUAGAAUGUUAUACAGUCACCAUAAAUGCACAAGGAACAAGGCUAGCUUCAGGUGGUCUUGACGGGUGUAUCAAAAUCUGGGAUACCAAUACAAUCAAUCUGUUUUUCAAUAUACUGGAUAAACCAUACAACAAGAAUAAGCGGCUUCAGUCAAGCGCAUCAAAUCGAACAACAGCUGCUUCCUCCAGCGUGGAUGUCGAAUUCACUCCCGAUUUGCCCGAUAAAUCCCUACGUCGAGCCCUUUGUUCCAUGUCGAGACACAAUGGUGCUGUCACAUCUUUAAAGUUUAGUCCCGAUGGAAGAUGGCUAGCUAGUGGGUCUGAUGAUAAAAUCGUUUUGAUUUGGGAGAAGGAUAAUUCGCAAAUCGCCAAUUCAUUUGGGGCUGAACAAGCAGAUUUAGAGCAUUGGACGGUGAGGAAAAGACUUGUGGCUCAUGACAAUGAUAUUCAAGAUAUAUGUUGGUCCCCCGAUGGCAAUCUACUAGUUACUGUUGGAUUAGACAGAUCGAUUAUUAUAUGGAACGCAUUAACUUUUGAAAAAAUUAAGCGGUACGAUAUACAUCAGUCAAUGGUGAAGGGAAUUGUUUUUGACCCGGCUAACAAGUUCUUUGCCACUGCUUCGGAUGAUAGGACUGUUCGAGUAUUUCGAUAUUACAAGAAAAUGAAUGAGUAUAAUAGUUAUGAAUUCCAAAUGGAGCAUGUUGUGGUUGACCCAUUGAGGAAGUCACCCUUGACGUCAUAUUUCAGAAGAAUGAGUUGGUCACCAGAUGGACAACAUCUUGCUGUGCCCAAUGCUACUAAUGGUCCCGUACCAUCAGUGGCAAUUGUAAAUAGAGGGAACUGGGGCUCCGAUGUCUCAUUGAUUGGACAUGAAGCACCAGUUGAAGUGUGUUCGUUUUCCCCCAGGCUAUUUCAAAUUGAUACCGAUUUGGAUAAUGAUGAGCUCAAGUUUCAAACUGUAUUGGCUACUGGAGGGCAAGACCGUACGUUAGCCGUAUGGUCGACAUCCAAUUCCAAACCUAUUGUUGUAUGUCAAGAUAUUGUUGACAAUUCCAUUACUGAUAUUUGCUGGGCUCCAGAUGGAGAGACGCUAUAUUUCAGCUGUUUGGAUGGAUCAGUUUGCUGUGUUCAUUUCACUAAUGGAGAGUUGGGUCAAGUAGUUAGCGAGGAGUUGAUUGAUCAACAACUAAACCGGUAUGGUGCCGAUCGAGAAUCUACAAUUUUGCCUGAAAGUGUGGAACAACUACGGUUGGAGGAAAAUGCAACCGAGGCUAGAGCCAUUGCCAUACGGAAGAUGAUGCCUUUGGAAACGGUUAAGGAAAAAGUCAGUGACAACACCGAAGCAUCAAAAAUAAAGCCAUUUGACAAGGAGAAACUAUCAGCGCCAUUGACACCUGCAUUAAAAAUUGAUGCGUCGCGGUUGCGUAAGCAGACUGUGUCAGUGACUAAAUCGGGUAAAAAGAGAGUGGCCCCUUUGCUUGUGUCGUCGGCUUCCUCUUCCUCUUCUUUUUCUUCAUCGUUGGGUCCAUCGUCGUCUAACAUUGCCUCAGCCAAGACUAUGGCACAACCUGAAACUAAAAAGAGAAAAUUGCAGGUGAAUGCAAAACUAUCACAACUGAACUACGUACUUCCUCGCCGAGGUUUGCAAACUUCGGUUGCUGGUUUCAAGGAACGCGAUUCACCGUCUACAACCAAUACGGAGCAAGAUGAAGACAAUGAUAAUUUAGAUAUUGGCGGCGGAGUCAAUACAUUAGAGGAAGAAAUCAACACUUCACAACUUUCUGAAUCGGCAUUGAAACGACACAAGAAUCGUCAAAAGCGUAAAUUAUUGGAAACGAAAUACCCUCAUUCUUUCAAACAGAUCUCCCAUCUUCCGGAAACUUUAUUUGCCAAUACUGCGUUUCAAAAUACUCAGAUCAACAAGAUUUACAAAGCUUAUGCCAACAACAAUAAAGAUAUCCUGGCGGACUUGUCUAGGGGCGCAGCCAUUGAUUUUGAUGAGGAUUUGAUGUUCUCCGUAGUUGUGAGCAAGACAAGGCAUCAACAAAAGGGUAAUGCCAUCUUGAAUGAACUGGAAGUGAAGAAUGUGGUAACAACUACUGUUGAAGUGCGUAAUGGGAAACCAUGGCAUGAAAAUGCCGCCCAGAAUGAUCGCGAUUUCGAUGACCCCACCAAGGUGAUUGUGUAUAAUGAUCAUGAUGGUGAGGAUAGGUGUUUUACUUUGUUUUUCCCAUUUAGAAUCCAGCUGGUACUUCCUAUACUCAACGAUGAUGAUGGUCAAUUGACAUACUUUGUCUUGUGUUCAUUUAAUGGAAGUUUGCAAAUCGUGUCCGCCAAGACCGGCAGAUAUAUCUUACCCACUAUCGAGCUACUUGAUAAUGUUGUAUCAAUGAAAUAUUCGAAUGACAGGUUGCUUGUGAUGACGAGUUCGGGCCUUUUUUAUGGAUGGAAUUUGAAAACUUUGACAGUUUAUAUGAAUAAAGUGUCUGUUGCCACAGUGCUCAACUCGUUUGAUGUUGGUGGUCGCAAAUAUGUAGGUAUGCCUAGUGUCAGGGCGUUGGAAAUGAAUCAUAAUGAUGGGACGCCGUAUAUCUUGAUGGAUUUUAGUAAUGAUGUGUUUGGGUAUUCAUUAGACUUGGAUUGUUGGAUCAAGGUGAUAGAUUCAUGGUAUUUCAAUGUGGGGACGCAAGAUGUAAAGGGGAACUUGAUGGCGAGAAGGAUGUAUUUCGGACUGAAAUUCCAAUUUGAUCAGAGUGCAUUGAUGGGUAGUACUCAGACAUAUAAAUUUGAUGAUGCUGCGUCUGGUGUUUUGAAGGACACUAUGGUGCGUAGAAGCAAAGAGAUGAUAUCAAUGAUCAAGUAG